ACAAGGCGGCUCCGGCCGCGCCCGGUGCGGCAGAUGCUCGGAUCCGCUGCCGCCGGGUGUGGGAGGCCGUGCUCGGCCCCGGGCGGUGGCGGGCGCGCUCCCCACGCACACGUGUCCCCGCGGAACGGGAGCGUAGGACCGGAGCCCGAGGAGCGGAGGCCAGGCUGGCGGGGAGGUGGGACACGUGGGUCCGCGCCGGACGUGUGUGGACACGUGUGUGGCCGGAGUCGCCGCCGCCUGGCGGGGCACAGCGUGGUUGUCGGGGGCCGUCCGGACGCGCUCCUGCAGGACAGGGAGCUGAACCGGCCUCUGAGGAGCCCGCAGCCCCCACCCGUGCCUCCUUUGUCCGCGGGUUAGGGCCCCUCUGGCCGACAGGACAGAAAGCGCCUCCCCAGGGGGAAGGGACUGGGGGAGAUGGAGGGGUGAGCGACUGGCCAGGCCCAGACUCAGUCUCGCCCCUCUCGCUUUUCUUGGGGGUGGGAGAGCUUAGCGGCUUUAUUUAUGGGAGUUUUUGCCUGGAGGUCUGGAAGCAGCAACAUGGUCCUGUGGGUGGUCUCUGGCUGGCGCUGUCCACAGCCUACCUGCCCCUCCGUUUACCUGGCGCGGAGCGGAGGGGUGGACAGUGAAGGUUGCCAGCCCAGGGCUUCUCCUGGCUGGAAUUGCUUGGUUUCUAUGACAACAUGGGAUGCUGGGGAAGGCUCUCUACAGCUGUAUCAUAAGCAAGGAGUGGGAGCCAUGAAGUAAGGACAGAAAACGGGGGUGGGGAGUUCAGGGUCCAGAGGACCCCCUCCAGUCUUCCCAGGCAGGGUCCCAGUGUUCCUGGCCCCACCUCCCCCCUCCAGCCUGCAGCUUGUGCCUGGGGGCCCAGGGCUGGCUAUCUUCUCAGGCCUGGGGUCUCUGGACCUGCCUCUUGUCCUGGGACAGCUGCUCCCCUCCCCACCUUAGAUAGUCCGUCUGCCUUCUAGGACCCCCGUCCUCUGGGUAGGGUCUGGAGAUGCUCAGGAGACAGGUUUCAUUCCGCCCCCAGAGGGCAGGGCUAGACUCGGAGACUAGAGCGUGGGUGCAGACCCUGGCCGCAAGGGCCCAGGGUCCAGGGUCCAGCGUGGAGGGUGGAGGGGCCUGGCAGGGCCAUGGAAGAGCUGGCUGUGGCCAGUCUGCACCUGCUAUGGGGAGGGCAAGGUCAGGUUAAAGUUCAGAGGUCAGACUUCUCUGCAGGCUGCAGCACAGAGAAGCUGGUACUGAGGCCCAGCGUGUGUGGGGGGCUUGGCUGGGCAGGGCGGGGCUCUCGGAGCACAGUCCCCGUGAACUCUGGACCCGCCCCGCGAGCAGGCCUGUGGGCGGCAAGCACUCCUUCCCUGGCCUCUCCAGUGGGCAGGACUGUCCCCCCUGCUCUGUGCCAAGUCUCCCUGAAUUGCACUUUCCCCCAGUGGACACAUGGGACCCACAGACACGAGUGGGCCCUGACUCACUGGCACCCCACAGCACCCAUUCCCCAGCAGAGGCCCACAGGGGGCCUGGGCACCCAGACAGGCAGACUGCAAGCUGCAGACAGGAACCUAUGGGGCGGCAGGAGGCCAGGUGGCCAGGGGCUGAUGUCCUCGUGGGCGGGUGGCCUCACCUGGCUGGGUCAGCCUGAGUCCUGAGUCGGACCCACUUCCCUGUGGACUGAGGGUUGCCACAGCGGGGCCCGGCCUCCCGGGAGCUGCCACACUCCUUCCCUCCUUCCCAUACCUUCUUGCAAGGCUGCGGCUGCGGCUGCGGCUGCGGCAGUGGGGACCCCAGCCGCCCAAAAUGAAAGAGAAAGUCGUCCCCCGCCCCGCCCCGCCUGGAGGCCAAUCCCCGUGGCCAAUCCCGUGGCCAGUCCCCAUGGCCACACCUCCCUCAGCCACUAGAUGUUCUGUCUCGGGAGCCCGCAGGCUGUGCUCUCUGAGGAGGAGUUCUGUGCACCUCUCUGGACACACCACCCUGCAAUCCCUGGCUGGUGGAGGACCACCCCUCCCCACCGGCCCCGCCCGCUCGCCUGCCGCUCGGCCCGGCGCCACCUCCUCACUCCUACCUGGGUGCCCUCGAGUUAGAUGGCUGAUAAGCAGAUCAGUCUGCCAGCCAAGCUCAUCAAUGGUGGCAUUGCCGGGCUGAUUGGGGUCACCUGUGUGUUCCCCAUCGACCUGGCCAAGACCCGGCUGCAGAACCAGCAGAAUGGCCAGCGCAUGUACACCAGCAUGUCUGACUGCCUCGUCAAGACCAUCCGCUCGGAGGGCUACUUCGGCAUGUACCGCGGGGCUGCUGUGAACCUGACCCUCGUUACCCCCGAGAAGGCCAUCAAGCUGGCAGCCAACGACUUCUUCCGAUAUCAGCUCUCCAAGGACGGGCAGAAGCUGACGCUGCUGAAGGAGAUGCUGGCGGGCUGCGGGGCUGGCACCUGCCAGGUGAUCGUGACCACCCCCAUGGAGAUGCUGAAGAUCCAGCUCCAGGACGCAGGCCGCAUUGCUGCCCAGAAGAAGAUACUGGCCACCCAGGCCCAGCUCUCAACGCAGGGGGGCGCCCAGCCCCCGGCAGAGGCUCCAGCUGUCGCACGGCCCACAGCCACCCAGCUUGCCCGGGACCUGCUCCAGAGCCGUGGCCUUGCCGGCCUCUACAAGGGACUAGGGGCCACGCUGCUCAGGGACGUCCCCUUCUCCAUCGUCUACUUUCCCCUCUUUGCCAACCUGAACCAGAUGGGCCAGCCGGCAUCUGGGGAGAAGUCUCCCUUCUAUGUGUCCUUCCUGGCCGGCUGUGUGGCCGGGAGUGCGGCUGCUGUGGCUGUCAACCCCUGCGACGUUGUAAAGACUCGGCUUCAGUCGCUCCAGCGUGGGGUCAACGAGGACACCUACUCGGGGUUCCUGGACUGCGCCAGGAAGAUCUUGCGGCACGAGGGCCCGUCGGCCUUCCUGAAGGGUGCGUACUGCCGUGCGCUGGUCAUCGCCCCGCUGUUCGGCAUCGCACAGGUGGUCUACUUCUUGGGUAUCGGGGAGACGCUGCUGGGGCUGCUGCAGCGCCCCCAGCCCUGAGCCUGGGCCGCCCCACACUCACAGCAAGCGAGACCAGAGCGGGGUAGGGGCCGGACGGCUGCCCACGACCGAGCAAGGAGAAGUCUUGCCCACCCCUCCCCACAUAGAUGCGGGGCAGAGGAAAGGGUGCAGGGUCCACACACACGGACCCCAAGGGGUCCUGCCUGCACCGCCACUGGGAUCAAUGUCUUAUUUAUGUAGAAAUCUCAGAAAUCUUUACAUUCCUGGAGCCAGCCCUGCCCCAGCUCCCGCCUGACCCGAACGCCCCCAGGAUCAGAGCUGGUCUCUGGGCUGGGGGCCCCCAGGCGUGGGCUGGCCAAGCUGGACCAUCCCCUCCAGGCUACCAGCCCGUCCCCAAGGCACGGCCCCUCGUCCACACAGGGGGCCCUGCACAAACCUAUUUAUUAACUUGUCGAGCACAAGUGGCUCUGCCCAGCCCUCCGUCCGUCGGUCCAGCCCCUGCUGCUGCCCGCACUUCAGCCGGCCUUGCAGGAGGAUUGGGGUCUCCUACCCCCAUAUUGAGCCAAGAAUCCCAGACUGGGGGACACACCGUAUUCUGAUUCCCAGGGAACGCCCCCAACCGUGGGACCCAGCAUCCCUCCUGGUGGGCCCUGCUGCCCCACCCCAGGCAGGGGGGCCCAGAGCGCGUGAGGUCCAUGUGUACAAGCAAAUGCGGAGAAGCCCGUGGUGCCCACCAGCCCUCAGCUGCCCGGGCUCCCCCGGAACAGGGCUGUGGGGGCACUGCUUGCCCUCCCCCAUGGCCGGGCAGCGUGCGUGUGUGUGCGUGUGUGUGUGAGUGAGUGUAAGUGUGUGUCACGUGUGCCCUAGCUUCCCGCUCACCCCGGCCUGGUAUUUAUUGCUCUGGCCUGGCCCCUCUUGCUGACCCUCUCCUGAGACCCCUGUCCAGGGUCCGGGAUUGGCCCGGGGGUAGGGCAGGCAUGAAGACCGGCGUGGAGCCAGGGGGCACCUGCCCAGCUUGCAGGGGCCAGGCCAGGAGCUGCCCCUUCCGGGCCCUGACUGCACCCUGGACAGCUGCGCCCCAGCCUCCGGACUCCUCCAUGUUGUGAAUCGAAGCAGGCUCGCCCCUCCCCUGCCACGUGAUCGUGUUGUUGAUUGGUCCUGACGUGCCGGUGCUGUGAUCCCCCACGCAGGCCCCCUCCUAGGAAGCCCCUCCCAGCGACACUACCUGGGGCUCAGGCCUGGCCCCCAGUUCCCGGUUACUCCCACCACAUCUGUACCUUGGAAGCUGCUGCUGCUGCUUACAGAUUUAUAUUUUUUUCUUUUGAAGAGUUUUAAGAAGUGACUUUUUGUGUCUUGUCAUGUAAGAAGGUAAAUAAAUAUUCUAAGUAGA